AUGAAAGCGCCAAUAAGGGGAAGAAGCCUUGCCGUUCCAAUCCACGUGCUGACAUUCUCAGCGGCGGUGGCCUUCGAUUGCCCCAAGGGACUGGUCAACUUUUUUCCUGCCUUUAUGAAGGAGAUGUCUGUGGUGGUUGGAUGUUUUAAUGAGCGUGCAUACAAGGUGCUUGAUGUUCAUCUGGCAACAGGCUUCCACAAGUACUUCAUGUGGUGCAAAGGCAAGUUACAUGGAAACCAUCAUUCUUUAAUACAAGAAGGAAAGGACCUUGUUGCUUAUGCAGUUAUCAAUGCCAUUGCUAUGUGCAAAAUUAUUAAAAAAUAUGAUAAGAUUUUUAUUUGUCACUUAAUUAUCAAAAUACAUGACUCUAAACAAGGGCAAGCAUUCAGGUCACAAGUCCAGAGCAUGCACAUGGAACUCCUUCAGUCUCCAUGGCUUUGUGAGCUUAUUGACUUCCAUAUUAACUUAAGGGAAUCAAAGAAAGUUAUAAGGAAAGCAUCUGAAAUAUUAGAAGACUGCUCUCUUAUAUUUAAUGAUGGAAAACCAUCACUUUCGUGUAAGUUGUCUAAUGCUGUGAAGCUUGAGAUAAAUUUGACUUGUUCCAUAUGCUUGGAUAUUGUAUUUGAUCCUGUGUAUUUGAGUUGUGGACACAUAUUCUGCUUCAUGUGUGCUUGCAAAUCUGGAUCAGUAACAGUUGUAGAUGGACUGAAGGCAACAACACCAACAUCAAAAUGUCCUCUGUGA